ACUUUCCACCGCCUCCUCACCCCACCGCCACCGCCACCGCCACCAUUUGCGCGCCGCCGUGCUUUAUGUCUUGUUCGCCACCUCCUCCCUCCUGCCCUAAAUAUUUACCAAAUCAAAGCCUAAUUAUGUCCGCAAACCUUCUCCUUCCUCUUCCAGUUCCAUCUCCCGCUGCCACCCAUGCGCAGCUUAGCUUCCCCAUGUCUAUCCUACGCCGUCUCGGCCCCCGCCAUCUAACCUCCUCUCACCUCCUCCAUCGAAGACGUCUCUCCUCCUUCGCUGCCGCCGCCGUUGCCCGCCAGGAUACUGCUGCUUGGACCCAAGCCCCGCUCUCCGAAAUCGAGCCCGUCGCCGAGUCUCUCUUCCACGUCAGCAUCGACGUCUCCGACCACCCUGACCUCGCCGCAUCCCACACGCUGCCAGGACAGUACCUGCAGCUCCGAAUCCCUGAGGUGGACAAACCUUCUUUUCUGGCCAUCGCUUCACCUCCUUCGUUUGCUGCAUCUAGAGGCGCGUUUGAGUUUCUGGUGAAGAGCAUCGCUGGCUCCACGGCCGAGCUCUUGUGCGCCUUGAAGAGAGGAAAUGUCGUGGAAUUGAGCCAUGUAAUGGGGAAAGGCUUCGGGAUCGAUCAAAUCGAGCCGCCUGAGAAGUACCCUACCGUUUUGAUUUUCGCCACCGGCUCUGGAAUCAGUCCAAUUCGAUCUCUCAUUGAGUCAGGGUUUGGUGCUAAACAGAGAUCGGACGUGAGGCUUUAUUACGGAGCCAGAAACCUGAAGAGAAUGGCUUACCAGGAUAGGUUCAAAGAGUGGGAGUCGUCCGGGGUUACAAUUGUGCCUGUGCUAUCACAACCAGAUAGUAGUUGGAGUGGUGAAGCUGGCUAUGUACAGGCUGCUUUUGCGAGGGCCACUCAGAUAUCAAGCCCAGCAGGUACUGGUGCUGUGCUUUGUGGCCAGAAGCAGAUGGCAGAGGAGGUAACCUCAAUUCUUGUAGCGGCGGGCGUUUCAACAGAUAAAAUACUGAAGAACUUCUGAUAUGGAAAAUGGUAUCAAUUCUUUGUUAUUGUAAGUGGCAACUGGCGAGUGGGUGAUGCAGUGCAGCAGUGGGGUGAUGUUUUUGUCUCUCAGCUUAGCUUAAUAACACCAAUUUUGGUAGUUAUUCAUCUGCCAUAGAAUAUUGCUAGCCUUGGAAAAAUUCCGGACCUGAUUCCAAAGAGGUUAAAUGUAACGGUACAUCUCUGAAUCAUAAUACGAGAAAAAAGAAGGUAAUGUAUACACAGCAUAUUUAUUUGACAUUGGAUGUACAACUUGACUUCAUUUUUGCUAAAUAUACAUAGUCACUCUCAUUUUGUGAAUGUUGUAAGAGUUGCUGAUAAAAUCCAAAGUAGUGUUAUUUAGCCACCAUAUUUAAGGUCAUUUCGCGGGUUCAUUGGUUGAUAUGUCAUAAAAUAUAUUAUUAAUUUGUUCUUAUGUGAAUGUUUUCGGUGUGGAAUAUAUU